AUGCUUCGCCAGCAAGAAUACCGCCGUGUGUUCCAGUACGAAGAACUGCAAUCACCUAACACAUUCCGCUUACUGAGGUUAUGUGCUGGCAGCGGUGAGAGGAUACAAUGUUCUCUUGACCAUUUCAUGCUGGAUAUAGACCCAAAUCCGCUCUAUACAGCGAUUUCCCACACCUGGGGAACCGGCGCUGCUAGCCAUCAGAUAUACUUACGAGACGGCUCAGUCAUCAAAGUACGCGAGAAUCUGUAUAAAGCGCUUCAAUCCAUCCGAGAUCCCGAAUCAGAUAACCUGUACUGGGUCGAUGCAAUAUGUAUCAACCAAAAGUCGGACCAGGAGCGUAAUCAUCAAGUCAAAUUGAUGGCGGACAUCUACGGCAAAGCGAACAAAGUCCUGGUCUGGUUGCAAAGCUCUGGCGAGAAAGCUGAUGUGUCCCGAGCUUUUGCUUACAUGCAUGCUGCUGCGACAUACCACAACAGUGACGACUCAGUCUAUCAAUACUUGCGAGGCCAUCAGCAGAGAACUGAUGACGACUGGCGUUCCAUACAAAGGCUUUGCAAGCUGAAGUACUGGACGAGAAAAUGGAUUAUACAGGAAUUGGUCAUGGCCCGUACGGUCGUGCUCAGAGCCGGCAAUGCCGAAUUUCCGAUGACUGAUUUCGAGACAUUUUGCUACCAACUAAGGCGAGCCAACAUGAAUGAACAAUUCCGAAGACUUAAUACUCCUGCAAAAAAGAUCUGGCAAACAGUUAACGCGAGUCCUGCAUCACGUCUUGCACUUCAGAGACUGGAAGCUCAACUAUCAAACCAACCUCGAACACUCUACGAGCUGGUUGAGAACAAUCGCGACAAUCAGUGCCAAGUACACUGCGAUCAUGUGUACGCACUUUACAGUUUGGCAGGGGAGCACAGAAGUUAUCUCAACAUUGAUUACGGAGCUUCGCCUGUGCAGAGGCUCGUGGACAUCCUAGACUUCGUCACCAACCAUGAAGACAUGCCUCCAGCAAAGGUCAUGGCAUUCACAAAUCUCCUCAUCAACCUUCUCAAAAUUAACAACGACGAUUUCACACAAGGCUAUCCUCUCCUCCAAACUCUCUGGCUCACGAUCCCAGCAAUCAUCCUAGGCACAGCAGAACUUCGUCAGGAAUCUCACGAAAUUCUCAAAGCCCGCAAAACAAUCAAGCCCUUCGAGCAAAUGCCCAUCUAUACCUUCUCCACCGAUCAAGCAACCUGGACCUCUAUCGACAACAAUCAAAAUCACCGACAUAUGUCCGUAGCCGUCGGCCGUCGAGACAUGGCACACUUCAGCAUCGCAGGCACAAAUUUUCAAGGCCUCGCAGCUUGCACAGUAAAUCACGGAGAUAUAAUCUGGAACUUCUCCGGCACGAAGCACGUCUUCAUCGUCCGAACAUUUCAAGGUUCCCAAGCAUCGAUCGUCGGAAGAGCUUACCUUUUCCAAGCUUCGAAUAACAAUGGUACUCUUCAUUCAUGGAUCUCGCGGAAUGCGAAUCAAGGGGAUGUAAGUCAGGGGACGCAGCUUCUUUUCGGUUACGCUGGCGACGCUGUUGGAGAUUACGAGUUUGGCGAGUACGACGAGUCAGCAGGGGAAGAAGAGGAAGGAGGUUGA